ACCGUUUUACUCACUUCCCAAUUUCAUUAGAACAAACGACAUGACGUGGGAAGGAAACAAACUCCCAGAGACUUACCAGUCAUGACAAAGAAGAAGAUGACCAAUACGACGUCGCAGUAGCAGCAGCAGCGGCGUCUUGGGCUGCACCAGCAUGACCAAGAAGCUCACUCGCUUCGAACCGCAACUCGCCAUGGAACUCGACCUUGACUCGUUCCUCAAUUCGCACCUCUCCCUCUCCGACGAAGACGACGACGACGACCUUAGCUCCGUCCCCCACCGCACGAUUGACGAAAUUCUCAACGACACCGAUUCGUCCGCCUCAUCGUCCCCGCCCUCCUCCACUAUCUACCGCCUCAAUUCCGAUCCCAAACCACCGGAACCUCCCAACGACGCCGUAUCGGUCCCCGUCGUUAAGUCCGAGGAUGAAAGGGUGGUCCGGCCGAGGUCCAAUCUGUACAGUCGGGUCAAGUCCGGGGAUUUGUCGGAGGAUCCGGCCGGGAGGGUUCCGAAGCCGUCUCCAUGGUUGCUCGGAGGCAUGAGAACGAAUGCGAAGCCCGGGGCGGCCCUGGCUGCGGCUGCGGCGGCCUCAAGGUCGAUGCCAACGCCGCACGCCGCGGCAAUCAAGUCGAGGAGGAGCGCCGUGAGCGGAGUUAUCCAGAAGGUUCUUGAAGGUUCAGAACUGGAUGAAAAAUCCGAGGUGAGUUCCAAUUCUACUGGUGAUACGACUGCAAUUCGUUCGGCAGUGCUUAGGACAAAUUCAAAUGAAUUACAAGUGGAUUUUGGGGGUGAAUUGUUGAGAGAAGGCGGGGUUUUGGAGAGCGAAAGCAAGUUAGAGCAGACUUUUCGAGUUGAUCGAUCUCAAGUUGAUGAGGCGAGUGCUGGUAAUGCUGUGGAAGAAGAGAAGAAUGUAAGUAGUUUUGAUGAGAAUUUGACAAAUUUAGACGCAAAUGAUGUUAAAGAUACGGAAUUUAGUAAGAAUGUUGAGGUCGUAGAGGAAUAUAAACAAGAUAUUCAAGACUUAGAUGAUAACAGUCCUUGUUCGAAAGAGAGUGAUAGCGAGGAUAAUGAUGGUGGCGGUGGUGGCAAGGAUGAUGGUGAUGAUGGUGGUGGUAAGGAGUCCGAGGAUAACAAAGGCGAUAUUGGUAACGAUAGCGAUAUUGGUGAUGACGAUGAAUUGGGAAGUUCAAUCACUCAACUCGUGGAGGAGAGAAUUGGGGAAUUAGAGAGCAGGAGGAUUAGUAAAAAAUCUGAAAAGAAGUUGCGCAAGCCACUUGAAAUCGCUGAAGAGCUAGAGAAGAAGCAAGCUUCUAAUGCUUUGCAUUGGGAAGAGGGUGCCGCUGCUCAACCCAUGACUGAGGGUGUUCGGAGAGGCUCCACCACAUUAGGAUACUUCAAUGUUGAUGCUAACAAUCCCAUUACUCGGACCCUUUCAUCUCCGGCGUUAAGGCGUGAUCAUGGCUCACCGCAAGUCUUGGCGGUUCACAAUAAUUACAUUGCAAUAGGAAUGGGAAGAGGGUCUAUUCUUGUUAUUCCUAGCAAGUACUCUGCUCAUACUGCUGACAGCAUGGAUGCAAAGAUGCUAAUUCUUGGGUUGCAAGGAGAACGGUCUUAUGCUGCUGUAACUUCUAUGUGCUUCAAUCAGCAAGGGGACUUGCUCUUAGCUGGUUAUGCUGAUGGUCACAUUACAGUUUGGGACGUGCAGAGGGCAUCGGCUGCCAAAAUAAUUACCGGAGAACAUACAGCUCCAGUUGUACAUACGUUGUUUUUGGGGCAGGAUUCUCAGGUUACACGUCAAUUUAAGGCAGUUACCGGUGAUAGUAAGGGUCUGGUAUUAUUACAUUCUUCCUCAGUGGUUCCCCUUCUUAAUAGGUUCUCGAUUAAAACACAGUGCCUUCUUGAUGGACAAAAUACAGGCACAGUGCUGUCAGCUUCACCACUCCUGUUUGAUGAAUUCUGUGGAGGGGCUUCACUGUCUUCUCAGGGAAGUGGGGCGGUUUCAGGCAGCAGUAUUGGUGGUAUGAUGGGGGGUGUGGUUGGUGGAGAUGCAGGUUGGAAACUCUUCAAUGAGGGAUCUUCUUUGGUCGAAGAAGGUGUGGUCGUGUUUGUCACCCAUCACACUGUUCUGGUGGUAAGACUAACUCCCACUUUGGAAGUGUAUGCACGACUUUCCAAACCAGAUGGGGUUCGGGAGGGUUCUAUGCCUUGUACUGCUUGGAAAUGUACAAUACAAUCACACAGUUCACCUGCUAGUAGCGAAAAUAUGCCUGCUGAAGCAGUUGAAAGAGUUUCGUUACUUGCACUUGCUUGGGAUCGAAAAGUUCUGGUGGCAAAGUUGGUCAAAUCAGAGCUGAAAGUAUAUGGGAAAUGGUCUCUUGAAAGUGCAGCCAUAGGUGUGGCUUGGCUAGAUGAUCAGAUGCUGGUGGUUCUCACGGUGACCGGACAACUUUGUUUGUUUGCGAAGGAUGGAACUGUGAUUCACCAAACAAGUUUUUCUGUUGAUGGUUUUGGAGGCGAUGAUCUCAUUGCUUAUCAUACUCACUUCAUUAAUAUAUUUGGAAAUCCUGAAAAAGCUUAUCACAAUUGUGUAGCUGUAAGAGGAGCUUCAGUAUAUGUACUCGGACCGAUGCAUCUUAUUGUUUCCCGACUUCUCCCAUGGAAAGAACGAAUUCAGGUUUUACGGGGAGCAGGUGAUUGGAUGGGUGCCUUGAACAUGGCAAUGACAAUUUAUGAUGGUCAAGCUCAUGGUGUUGUUGACCUUCCUAGAACUCUGGUUGCUGUACAGGAGACCAUAAUGUCCUACCUGGUUGAGUUGCUAUUGUCAUAUGUAGAGGAAGUAUUUUCAUAUAUCUCAGUAGCGUUCUGCAACCAAAUUGGAAAAAGGGAUCAAGCUGAUGACGUAAACAGCAAAAGCAGUUCUAUGCACUCUGAAAUAAAAGAGCAAUACACCCGUGUUGGUGGAGUUGCAGUUGAAUUCUGUGUCCAUAUCAAAAGGACUGACAUACUUUUUGAUGAAAUAUUCUCCAAGUUCGUAGCUGUUCAACAGAGAGACACAUUUUUGGAGCUGUUGGAGCCUUAUAUAUUGAAGGACAUGCUUGGUUCUCUUCCACCUGAGAUUAUGCAAGCACUGGUAGAGCACUACAGCCGCACAGGGUGGUUACAGCGCGUUGAACAAUGUGUCCUUCACAUGGAUAUUUCGUCCUUGGAUUUCAAUCAGGUUGUUAGGUUAUGCAGGGAGCACGGGCUGUAUAGUGCUCUGGUGUAUCUCUUCAAUAAAGGAUUGGAUGAUUUCAGGUCACCCUUAGAGGAGCUGUUGGUGGUCUUGCGAAAUAGUCAAAGAGAAGGUGCUACUGCCCUUGGUUACAGGAUGCUGGUUUAUUUAAAGUACUGCUUUUCAGGCCUUGCUUUUCCACCAGGACAGGGAACAAUUCCCCCCUCACGCUUGCCAUCUCUGAGAACAGAACUUCUGCAAUUUUUGUUGGAGGGUUCUGAUGCCCCUAAUUCAAGAUCAGUCUCAAGUGUAAUGCCAGGAGGAGAAUAUAUUAACCUGUAUCUUCUGUUAGAGCUAGAUACUGAAGCUACUUUGGACGUUCUGAGAUGUGCUUUCGUGGAAGAUGAAAUCUCAAAAUCUGACCUUUCUUCUCAUGAUUCAGAUAUGCAGGAUGGGAACAAUUUAAUGGCUCAAAAUAAAAAUUCAAUGGUUCAGAACACAGUAGAUACUCUUAUUCGCAUUAUUAGUAAGGACAGUUCUCAAACAGAUGGAUCUCCUAGCAAUGAUGACACUGGAUCAGUAGUAGUGUGGCCUUCAAAGAAAGACAUAGAUCAUCUAUUUGAGUUUAUUGCAUACUAUGUUGCAUGUGGAAGAGCCACUGUCUCGAAAAGUGUAUUGUCUCAGAUUUUGGAGUAUUUGACCUCAGAUAAUAACUUUCCACCAUGUGUUUCCAGAGAUAGCAUAACUUCAAAAAGAAGAGAAAAGCAGGUUCUGGGACUUCUUGAGGUAGUGCCUGAGACCGAUUGGGAUUCAUCUUAUGUGUUACAGCUAUGCGAGAAAGCGCAAUUUUACCAGGUUUGUGGCCUAAUUCAUACUAGCAGACAUCAGUAUCUUGCUGCUCUGGAUUGCUACAUGAAAGAUGUAGAAGAACCCAUUCAUGCCUUCUCCUUUAUCAACAAAACAUUAUUACAGCUGACUGACAAGGAAUGCGCUGCUUUUCGAUCAGAAAUUAUUUCUCGAAUUCCAGAGCUUUUUUACUUAAACAGAGAGGGCACAUUCUUCUUGGUUAUCGAUCAUUUUACUAUUGAAGAAGGUUCUCAUAUCCUCUCUAAACUUCGUUCCCAUCCAAAAAGUCUGUUCCUUUACUUAAAAACAGUGAUUGAGGUCCACUUAUCCGGCACGCUCGACUUCUCAAGUUUAAGAAAAGAUGAUCUUGUGAGGGUUAAGGAUCAAUCGAAAGCAGUUGAGGCGUAUCUGGAAAGGAUCUCCGAUUUCCCAAAGCUUUUGCGUAGUAAUCCUGUUAAUGUGACUGAUGAUAUGAUUGAACUUUAUCUGGAGCUGUUAUGUCAGUACGAGCGCAAUUCAGUUCUCAAAUUCUUAGAGACAUUCGAUAGCUAUCGCGUGGAACACUGUUUGCGCCUGUGCCAGAAAUAUGGGAUAACAGAUGCUGCUUCUUUCUUGUUGGAAAGGGUUGGUGAUGUCGGCAGUGCUCUUUUACUAACACUUUCCACCCUCAGUGACAAAUUUAUGAAGCUUGAUACUGCUGUGGCAAGUCUGGCAUCAAGUAAUUCUGCUCGUACUGAGCAUUUCAGCAAUGCUUUAAAAUUGGAAGAGGUGAACGACAUUAACAGCAUUUUGCAUGCCUGUAUUGGGCUGUGCCAAAGGAACACCCAUCGCUUAAAUCCUGAUGAAUCAGAGGCGCUCUGGUUUAGAUUACUUGACUCGUUUUGUGAGCCUUUAACAGAUUCAUUUGAUGCUGGAACGGUAUCUAAAGGAGAAGAUGUUAAAACGACGGUGGCCAAGUCGUUGGACUCAGAAGAGGAUGAGAUGGCUUUUAUAAUCAAGUGGAGAAUCUCAAAGCUCCAUAAAGGCUUUCAUAUCUUAAGAAAACUGUUCUCUCGGUUCAUCAAGGAGAUUGUGGGCAUGAUAGGAUAUGUUCGCCUUCCGACUAUCAUGUCCAAACUCCUCUCUGAUAAUGGCAACCAAGAAUUUGGUGAUUUUAAAUUCACAAUUUUGGGGAUGCUUAGCACAUAUGGCUUCGAAAGAAGAAUUCUGGAUACUGCCAAGUCCCUGAUAGAAGAUGAUACAUUCUACACUAUGAGCAUACUCAAGAAAGGGGCCUCCCAUGGGUAUGCCCCUCGGAGUCAAAUAUGUUGUUUAUGUGAUUGUCUUCUUGACAAGAACUCUUCUAGCUACAUUCGCAUUUUCAAUUGCGGUCAUGCAACGCAUCUUCAAUGUGAAGCUUUAGAGAAUGGCGCAUCAAGUAGUAGCUCAUCCUCUGGAUGCCCUGUUUGUAUGCCUAAGAAGAAGUCUCAGAGGUCUAGAAGCAAAUCGGUCCUUCCAGAGAAGAGUUUGGUGAAGGAGUUUUUGUCAAGAACCCAACAAACACACGGAACAACUUCCCACCCACACGAAAGCAGUGCAUCAGAGAAUACGUACGGGCUUCAGCAAAUAUCACGGUUUGAUAUCUUGACCAAUUUGCAAAGAGACCGAGGAUUAGUCGAGAUUGAAAACAUGCCUCAACUAAGGCUCGCACCUCCGGCUGUAUAUCAUGAGAAGGUUCAGAAAGGAACUGUUCUUUCACCGGCGGAAAGCAGCACUGAUCUUUCGAGAGUAGGGCAACAAAGUAAAACCAAGCAACUCAGGGACCUAAAAGUAAGGGGGUCGUCUCUCCGGUUACCCUUAAAAUCAAACAUAUUUGGUAAUGGCAAGGAGAAGACCAGCAAGCGAUGACGUUAUUGUCAUGUACACAACUAACAACAAUACUAGAGUUGGAAAUUCUGCAGAUGUUGUAAAGUAGAGUUUUUUUACCCCCGACCCGACCUUUUUUUUUCUUGUGUUAUUCUUUCCGUGUCAAUUUUGUGUCUGUAUUUGAAACUGUCGUAAACUUGUAAUUACUUAAUUUGUAAAGUGCUAUAAAUUUUGCACAUUUUUUUUUAUAAAGGUUGCUAACAUUUUGUAUA